UUCAUAAAGUGUUUCAGUCCAAUAUCAAGAACAAGAGGCCCACUUUGACAAAAAAAAUAAAACAUGUUGCAGCAACAGGCUCAGGGGAAACUCCGGUGGGGUGAAUUGGACGACGACGACGGCGGCGAGGAUCUCGACUUCCUGUUACCGCCGCUUCAGGUCACACUUCCCGACGAGAACGGCAUCAAGAAGGCUAUUGAGUACAAGUUCAACGACGACGGCAACAAGGUCAAAAUCACAACCACCACCCGCACACGCAAGCUCGCCGAUGCUCAUCUCAGCAAACGCGCCGUCGAGCGCCGGUCAUGGCUCAAAUUCGGCGACGCCGUUCAGGAAGAUGUCGGCGCCCGCCUCACCAUGGUCUCCACUGAAGAGAUCCUCCUCGAACGCCCUAAGCCUCUUGGUGCUAAGACGGAGGAGCCAACGGCUGCUUCAAAAGGCGGCGCUGUUCUCAUGGUCUGCAGGACGUGUCGGAAGGAAGGUGAGCAUUGGACUGCCCGGUGUCCCCUCAAGGACCUUGCUGCGCAAUCUGAUGACACUGCCGAUAAGCUUCCGGCGGCGUCGGCGUCGGCCGGAGGAGCAGCGUCGACGUACGUGCCUCCUGGGAUGAGACCGGGUGCGGAGAGGAGCACUGGCUCCGACAUGCGGCGCAGGAACGAUGAGAAUUCCGUGAGAGUGACCAACCUCUCGGAGGAGACGAGGGAGUUUGAUUUGAUGGAGCUUUUCCGUCCCUUUGGUGCUGUGAGUAGAGUCUAUGUUGCCAUUGAUCAGAAGACAGGUGAGAGCAGGGGUUUUGGGUUUGUGAAUUUUGUUAGCAGGGAAGAUGCACAGAGAGCAAUCAACAAACUCAAUGGAUAUGGCUAUGAUAAUCUAAUCCUUAGAGUUGAAUGGGCAACCCCUAGGGCUACCUAAGUAAAUAGAUACUAGUGUUUGCGCGAUUUAGAGCCCGAUUUUGAAGGCCUAUUUAGUUUCCUGUAAUCUGAGCCCUUGCAAUCUGUUUGCUAUGAGGUGCAACUUCACUAGUAAGAUACAUGGUUUUGAAAUUUCUAUUUACAUUUGCUAUUGUUCGCGAUGAUGGUUGUUGAAUAGGUCAAUGUUAUAUUGCACAUUUGCAUCCUUAUUUUUGCUCAUGGUGCUAUUGUGAUGGAUACUUUAGUUUUUUUCUCUUA